CACAAUGCUCUCCGUCUCGGCUCAUUGUCAGGCACGUGCGUGUGCAACUUGGGGCGUUUAAACUGACUUUUCAUAACGUAAUCCUCACCUCAAACACCCUGUGUAUGUGCGUCUCUUUUACACGUCAUUAUUCUCACCCGUCCUGUGGGAAUAGGUUACAUCAGGAGCGUUUAAAAAAUCUCUGUCUCAUCAAGUCAAGACUUUCUUAGGAAGAAGUGGAAGUUGACUGACUUACAUCACAGUGUUACAGUGAAGAGGAUCGGGAACAUUUAGUGAACAAUUAAUUGUUUGAUCAUUGUCUGUCGCGACUCUUAUCCGUGAGUGACAUAACGAGCUAUUAUGGAAUACAGAACUGAUCAUGUGAUCUGGUCUGAAACUUGGCAGCUGAUGUCUGUCUAAUUGCAAGUUAUUUUACAUUGUCAUUGACACAAACCUCACCAGGAUGACGACAGCAGGUUACCGAGGUUCUGCCUCUUCGGUGGAUUGUAUGCCCUUGUACAGCUCUUAUGUCUUGAAGAGCUACAAUACCAACCCCCUUGCCUUCACAAUGGCAAUGUCAAAUGAUCCAGCUCAAGGUCAACAAGGGGGAGACAACUUUAACACCAAAAGUGUAAGCACUUUCCAUACUCCAAGUUUUGGGGACGAGGACUUUGACCUCCCAGUGUUGCCUCUUGCUUCUGACCAAGAUUCAGGGAAUGCUGGGAACACCUCCCAGGCGCCGUUCUCCCAUCAGAUGUUGUCCAACUUGGAUCUGGGUUUGAAUCCCGCACUGACGGUGGCGCCGACUAUGCAAACAGCGGACUGUGCACCAUUAACGUCGAUGCGAGGUCCGCAUCCAAUUGCUCCGAAAUUCCCACCUCAGAACUUUGACGUUCCCGACAUCAACGUCACUAACAGUGUUAUGGCAAGUGCAACCAAUGCCGACAACAUCUUCGCCUCCAUCGCGGCCUCCACAGGGACCUUGUUUCAUGAUGUGAUACCCGACAGAAGCCCCAUCUCCAGCCACCAGUCUCUAUCAACCAUCAGUCAGACCCAAAUGGCCACUCACCUCGGCUUUCAGACUGCAGUACAGGGAGCAUCACCUCCAGGUUCAAACUCAACGUCAUCACCGAGUAGAGAGAGUAGCGAAGACAGCGAUGAUAGUCUGCCAUUGGCUCAGUUGAUGUCCUUAAAGAGGUCAGGAGCAACAACUGCCCCAUCAGCCCCCAGCAUCAUCACCGUAACAACGGCACAGGCCCCAGUACAGUCCACCAUCACGACCACAACAACAACUACAGCAUCAGCGCCAACCACGGCCAAGAAACAGAAGACUCCCAAGAAGAAGAAGAAGAAAGACCCAAAUGAACCCCAGAAACCUGUGUCGGCCUAUGCUCUGUUUUUCCGUGACACCCAAGCAGCCAUUAAAGGUCAGAGUCCAAACAAGAGUUUUGGAGAUGUGUCGAAGAUAGUUGCGUCCAUGUGGGACGGUCUGGAACCAGACAACAAGAAUGUGUAUAAGAAGAAAACAGAGGUUGCUAAAAAAGAAUAUCUGAAGCAGUUAGCAGCAUAUCGAGCAAGUCAGGUGUCACAGGCUGCAGCUGACGAAGCUAGCUCAAUGUCGGAAAAUUCCCCCUCACCUCCGAACAUCAGCCAGAUGAGCAUGUCAGGGGCAGGUAACUCUAUGGGCAUGAUGUCCCAGAUGACCCACGUGAACAUGCCGAGUCCCCCCCAGCAACAGCAGAUGAUGACCAGCAGUUACAACAGCCCGCCUCACCAACCUCCGUAUCCGAUACAGAACAUGGCGCCCCAGCAACAAAAUAACGGCAUGACCUAUCAGCAGUCGGAUUAUUGUCAAAACAUGAACCAGAUGGAUACUCGAGCUCAAAGCAACGGCCUGUGUGUCCGUAACGGUUGUAUCAAUCAGGCCAUUGACAACCCAGGCUGGGACAGCGAAUACUGCAGCAACGAAUGUGUUGUCAGCCACUGCAGGGAUAUCUUCACAGCCUGGGUGGCAUCGAAGCAAGGAGGAAGCACAUUUCAAGUGAAAUAAUGCAUUACCAUGGUAAUUCAUUGUGACCAGUCUUCUUAAUUCCACAGUUGGGUCCCCCCGCCCUGGGGUUGUUUUGUGACAUUUGUACAGAUAUAUUUAUUUUUGUACAGAUUAUGUAUGAAUUAGGUUAGAAAUUGUGCCUUUUGGUUGAUUUGAAGUGAGACAUUUGCCAGCACAGGGGACAUCUUGUCAGCUGUGGAUGCGGAGGAUUAUUGUUUUCAGGAAUAUGUAGAACAGUUAUACAUAUUUUGUGGACCAGAGGAUGAAGAGGUGACCUUAUGUGUUACAAAGGGUUGGAAGAUGAUAUGAAGAAACAAGAUCUUGGUGAAUUGGAACAAUGAUUAAAUGUCAGGAAACAUUGAGCAAAGAUUUUUCAUUUUCUUUCAAUGAUGCUGCAUCUGAUGGAGAUAGAAAUGUUCAUAUGUACUGCCGUCAGUGUUAGGGGCACCGCAAGAGAUUGUCUUGAAACACCCAUUGGGCCACCGAACUUCAUGAGAGGAAUGAUCAGGGCAUAUUCUUCACCGAGAUCUGUGGCUUUACGUAACAUAGGCCAACAAGACUUUGAGUGAAGGUCACUUGAUGACCUUGACAUGUGGAUUGAUGUUUCUGACUUAUUAAAAGUGAUCAUUAUGUUCAUGGAUCUCCGAGAAGAAGAGAAGGACAUCUUUGCUGUAUAUUGUCAUUUAUGGGAGUCUGUUUUCCGAAAGCGAUGAGUAUGAGUUGCUUCGGAACUGUGGAUGUCGCCUGCAGCAAAUACAGUCGUAACAGAAGACAUGUUACGUCAAUAUACAUGGACCAGGCAGUAGAUUGUCACAUCCCUCCUAGGGCUGGGAGACGACACAGAACAUACGUCAGUGUUCUAUAUUGGAACGCCGUGUCUACUGUCUCUUUUGGGCAGACCAAGUAUCUAGAUCUGUGCAUCAUGUGACAAUGUCUGACAAUGUGACACUGAGAAUAUGCAAGACUGAGAACAUUUUCCUCGACGAAUUAGUGUCACGACUGUUUGUUAUCUGUGAAUUAUUUGUAUAAAUUUAUUUCCUGUAUAUUCAUGUGCAGUUUCAUGUUUCUUGAUAUGAUUCCUAUGCUUAUGGCCAUGUAUAAACAUUGAAUAUUUGUCAAACUAUGUGUCUACCUAAAUCAUGAUGACUGUUAUUGGUUGUUAAUUAUGAGGUCAAUUUUCUUUAAUCAUGACACUUUUAAUUUAAUGUAUGUGCUAUUUUUCUGCAAUUAUAUUGUCAAAUAAUUGUGAAGUAUGAAAUAAAGGAACCAAAUUUAC